AGAACAAAUGACAGCAAUUUCAUCAACAUGCUUUUCUCAUUAUUAUUGCUAUUUUCAGCAACGUGAAUUUUAGUAAUAAUUACUAAUACUUUUUACACAAUUUAUUAUGUGAAAACGAUAAUACAAAAUGAGUGUUUAUCACGAUGAGGUCGAAAUCGAAGAUAUGGAAUAUGACGAAGAAGAAGAGGUUUAUUACUACCCAUGUCCGUGUGGCGAUCGAUUUCAGAUAACCAAGGAAGAACUUAUGGAGGGUGAAGAAGUAGCCACUUGCCCCAGUUGUUCCCUUAUUAUUAAAGUAAUAUAUGAUGCGACUAUGUUUAAAGCAGAGGAAGAUGAAGAGACCGUGCUCAAUGAUAAAAUGAAAGAAAUGAAAUUGGAAAAGCACUGAGAAUUCAAUUUCUUUUGUAAAAAGACUUCUAUAUUUCUGUAAUAUAUUAUAUAUAUAUAUGUUGACUAGAGUAAACAAUUACGCCUUCUGGCUUAUCUUACACAUACAUAUUUUCAAUAUUUGUUUGCAGUAGUAAAUUUUUAUUCAGCUUACUUCUAAAAUUUAAACAUUAUUGGAGUUAAAAAAUAUUAAUAUUCGUUAAAUACUGCACGUACAUAUGUGUAUGUAUAUGGAAUAUAGGCCCUCAUCUCUACCUAAUUUUACAUUAAAAGAUUCAAGCAAAAUAAAUAAUUUCUAAUAUAUUGUAUACAUAUCAA